AUGUCUAUCAACUGGGUGAUGCUUCAUGACCAAGAAGGUUUCGUCCGCCUUCCCAACGAACGCUUGAUAUACACUUCACCUCCGCGCACCACCCUCGCGCUAACGCCGCCAUCCGGGUACAAGGGCCCGGAGGCGCUGUCUUUUCAGAGUAGCGCCGGCUGCAUUUACCUUACCAACCAAAGGAUAAUCUACCUCCCUUCCCAAGCGCUUGACAACUUUCAAUCCUUCUCGUCUCCUUUACUGAACGUCCGCGACUCUCACGUUUCCGCCCCAUUUUUUGGUCCCAAUGUCUGGACUGCACUCAUUAAACCCGUCGCUGGAGGAGGCAUCUCCUCAUCUCUUCCAGCCGUCCAGAUCAAGGUGACCUUCAAAGAAGGUGGCGCGUUCGAUUUCCACACCAACUUUGAACGGAUCAGAGAACGACUAGAGCAGGCGGUGGAAAAUUCAGGCGAGAGUGCUCGGGGACUACAGGGUGUGGAUCUUGCUGGGGUGCAUCUGGAGGAGCUGCCAGCCUACGAGGGCCCGGGUUCGAACAAUAGUAGCCAAUCUGCUGCUCCUACCCACACAUCAAACCCACCAGCAAACAAUCAACGAGCAUCAGUCAUUGGACCCGAGCCUAUGGAGCCUCCACCAGGAUAUGAAGAAGUUCAACAACAGAGUGUAGCCGAUGCCUUGGAGGAACGUUUGCGACGGGCCACAUAA